CCAUAAAAGGGAGAUCGCGAGGGUGCUCGGCGCACAGUCGCGCACCGUCUGUCCGCUUGCACGGCACGCGGCAUCCCUCGGCGUCGCGACGCAUCCCGUGCGAUCGUCAUCCCCCAGAAGAGCAACAGUUAUGCCCUCAGAUCAUCGCGUCAUUGGCUGACACGGUCCACUGUCGAAGCAUCACGCGUGUGCGCGCGUACGUAUGGCGUAUGGCCGACUCUAUGGCAUGGCAUCGCGGGACAUUGUUCUUUGCUUCUUUCUCGCCGGCUUCGUUUAUUCAAGUUUCGGUCAAGCGAUGCCAAAGUCCGAGCUCGAGCCCGAAUUUCUAGCACUUCUGGAGAACCAUACGGUCAUUCAAGGUCGUAACGUCUCCUUCACCUGCGUCGUUAAUGAUCUUCAAUCCUACAAGGUUGCCUGGAUAAAGUCGGACUCCAGAGCUAUCCUGGCCAUUCAUACGCACAUGGUCACACACAACCCACGGCUGUCUGUCACUCACAACGGACAUAACACGUGGAAACUGCACGUGACCAACGUCCAACCGAACGACUCUGGCACGUACAUGUGUCAAGUUAAUACGGAGCCCAUGAGGAGUCAGACGGGUCACAUGAAGGUAGUGAUACCGCCCGAUAUCAUGGAUUUGGACGACUCGACCGAUCUCCUAACGGCCGAGGAGAACAGCGAUCUGCGAUUACGGUGCCGAGCCACCGGCACGCCGGAACCUGUGGUCACCUGGCGCCGCGAAGAUGGCAGAAAUAUUACCUUGCGGACCGCGCAAGGUGUUCAACGAGUGAAAACGUACGAGGGCGAGCAGCUCCACCUGACGGGCAUUCUACGGCAGGAAAUGGGCUCGUACCUUUGCAUCGCGUCGAACAGGGUGCCGCCGACGGUCAGCAAACGCUAUUACGUCAAUGUUCGUUUCAAACCGCUGAUUAAAGUCUCGAACCAAUUAGUUGCGGCACCUGCUAACAGCGACGUCGUUCUUCACUGCUACGUCGAGUCCUCGCCGAAAGCUUUGAACACUUGGUACAGGGACAACGGUGUAAAGUUAUUGUCGGACGAGAAACACGAUCUGUCGGAGGUGCCGUUGAACGAUUACGCGUAUCAAUUAAAGCUGACCAUCAAGCGGCUCAGCAUCGAGGACUUCGGUGGCUACACCUGCACGGCGGACAAUCUGCUCGGGAAAGCUGAGGGCAAGAUUAGGCUUCAAGAGAUGACACUGCCAAUGACCUUAGCGCCGAUCCGGCACACGGACUACAUCGACAAGCACGGGUCAAAGAAACAGACCGACAGAAGGGUUAAAUUGCACUCGUUCGGCCGGGACGGCACGCUGUCGAAAAGCAGCGGUAAUAUGGGUCACUCGACACCGAUGCUGAGGAGGAACAAUUCGAACGCUUUGACGGACCCGAGCGCGAAAAGGUCCAAACUUUCCUCCUCCUCUUCGUCCUCCUCCUCCUCCUCGUCGUCCUCGUACCCCGCGUCCGCGCCCGUGCCCGCGCAUUUCCCGCCGACUCAAUUAAAUGCCCAGAACAGCGUCACUUCGUCGCAGCAUUGUCGAUUAAAUUACCUAGGAUUAAUGUUCGCUUUCAUAGUGAUCGUCGUCUGUAGCUCAUAAAGCCGAUUGUCUCGAGCGUGUUGACUCGGCGCGCGCGAAAUUCCCGGCUGAUUGUGAGCCGCGCGAACACGGUGCCACCCGAAAUCGGUUUCACAUUUUUACCGGAAAAUAACCUUCCCUGACUUCUGAAAUAAUUGUUGUUCGAAAAUCGUCGAUGUUUUGGCGAAGAUUAUUCAAACCUCGCGAAUUCACACUGACGUAAAAUAUUAUUUAAUAUUGCUAGUAAAUAUGACUAGAAACGUUAGCGUUGUUCUUAGAUAGCGAAUUUUAUGUGUUUAUGUAAUAUGUCAAGUACAAAAUCUUGUUGUAAAUGCAAUUAGAAUUAUUGCCGUUCAAUUAACUUAUAUUUUAUAGAAUUAACGUAGAUAAUUUUUAUUGUGCCAUAAAAUCAGCAGUUCAGUUUAUAGUAACAACAUUUUUGCUUCGAAUUGUUAAAUAUAAAUUAUAAAUUAUAAUAUAAUUAUAUAUACAUAUACAUAUAUAAUUAUAAAUUAUAAAUUCUUAUGUCGCAGGAUUGUUAUUGUACUAACAAUAUUUUAUUAUACCAACGAGAUCUGUCGUGGCAAAGAAAUCCGCGUUAUCUGGGAAAAAGCACUGUUCUCACCUUCAACCGGGCAUGUCAUUAUUUAUCUCAUUAUUGCAAAAGUAAUUGCGGCAUUCCAAAUGGAUAGCUUACAAAAAAAAUUGAGAUUACUUUUGCAGCAAUUCGACGAGUCGGUUCAGUUAACAACAGCAUAUCAAUCAAUUGACUCGAUCGUUACACUUCAACCAGAAUCGAUCAACGAUAAUUGGAUAAUUAGUUAUCCAUUAUUAGGUAAAAGGAUGCUCGAUAAGAAGCAAAUCAAAUUCAAACCACCUCUGUGGUUGUUUCCUUGAACCAAAGACGAUUAAAAAUAAUUAAUUGAAAGGCGGUCCGCUUUAACUACCUAACUAGUGUGUAUAUUAGUGUCGUCUUUAUUUUCUAGCACAAAUUUCAAGUCUCCGCAUUUCUAUUAUUUCGUACACCAUCUAAGAAUUGUUGAAAGUUGAUCGUUCUCCAGAAUUAGAUUGACACAUCUUUUUGCACUUUUUAUUCGAGAUCAUUUUCAUUC